AUGUCGCGUCCUAGUACAGUCGCUGCCCGAUGCGCUGCGCUAGGAACUUCGAUCGCCCAGGUCAUCCCGGAUAUCAGCAGCUUUGCUCGCAAAUUUCGCGAUGCUCGUCACGACCUGAACAAGAUCAACAGUGAUCUGCUCGUGAUCAAGACUGGGCUGAGUAUUGCGCAAGACGACUUUUCGGCAAAGUGGGCCGAGCUGCCGGCGUCUCUGAUCGAUGCUGUCUCGCGAGUUUUGGACUCAUGCGACGACACCUGUGAACGAUUGCAUAAGGCUUUUCUUAAGCUCUCAUGUGGUAGUAAACCGAAAGAGGACUGGCGUGUGCUGAAGGACGGACCUUUGGUGAAUCUACGGCAUGAUCUGGACGCCUCAAAGGUGGUGCUAGAGUUAUGUCUAGACUAUGUCGCAUUAUUCUGCCAACAGGAUACGAUGGACUCGUUACUUCAAAAUUUUGUCAGCGAUCUCAUCACGCAAAGUGAUGAACUGCUGAAGAAGACGGAUACAGAUGAGAUUUACGCUGUCCGUCUGCUUCGAUCAUGUAUCACAGCUAUUAAACGGGACGGGCCGUCUGCAUCACAACUAGCAAAGAGGACUACUCUCCCACGUCCAGAUUCCCUAGAGCCCACCCUUGGCGAGGAGCCUCGAAGCGGCAGGAAGAGCCCCCACGAACAAGCUUCAACACGAAACAGCGCUAACGACGGCAUUGGUACAUGGCUCGCCAACGUUCCGUCCUUUGAAGACGCGCAGACCCUCUCUUAUUCCGCACUUGAACAAACAUCUGUUCCCAGGCGACUUCUGAUACCGCCAUCCCGGGAAGACAUCACCCCAUCGCGCGGUACAUUCUACACUGACGACGGCGCGGCAUCCAGCCCUACCCUGGUACCACCGGAAUCCCGACUCAAGAAGUCAUACAGCUGGUGUACUGAUCUCUCAGGGAAGGCGAGUACGCGGUUACAACUUGCGUCUAGACACGCAUCCAAACAAGCAUCAAAAUACACAUCGACGCUGUCCAGCUCAGACGUCUCCAUCUUUCAUAGGAAGAUCACCUCGGAUCGGAUAGCUGUGACGAAGGGAAAACGAAAAGAGCUGGAGCCAAAUCAAAGGGCGGCGGUGGACCGAAUUCUGGCAAACAUACCAGCAGAAGCGACAGCUGCCGAAGUGGAGAGGGUGAUAUGGGAAGGCGCAAACCCGAUGGCGACACAUCCAGAGUUCGGCUACUUCUUCAUUCGAGUAGCGUACGAAAUGUCGCCAGAUAUCCUCAACCUUCUCUUGGAUUUUGGGGCUGAUAUUACUCGUGUCAAUCCGGCACCAUCAUCGUACUACUCGGCCAUGCAUGCCGCAACUUUAGGACGGCAGCUCGCCACCGUCCGUUACCUUGCUUCUUUGGGUCACUCGAUCGACAACCCUGACCACGAUGGAGAAACGCCUCUUCAUCUUGCUUGCAGGACGCCUGGCGCGUCUGCGAUAGCAAAGUACCUUGUUGAAGCUGGUGUGGACGUGAACUUUGAGGCGAAGAACGGACGCACACCACUACAGUCUGCCCUUAAAGCGCACACAUUGCGCCUUACGACGUGUAUCAUGACCAAUAUGGAGAACGCAUACAAGAUGUGGGUGGAAGGGAAAGAGGUGGAAGGUCGAGCGGAGCAGCUCGCCGUUGAAGACCCCGCGACUGGGGAGAUCUUCGCGCACUGCCAUGCUGCAUCUGCGGCUGAUGUCGAGGAUGUUGUUCAAACUGCACACAAAGUCUUCAAAUCGGGUGUGUGGUCGAAAGCCCCGCGCCAUGUGCGUGCGGACACGCUGGACCGAAUUGCAGAACUUUUGACCAAGAAUCUCCCAAGGCUUAUCGCGCUGGAAGUACAGCAGACCGGACGCGCUAUUCGUGAGAUGAAUGCCCAGGUUCCGACUCUUACGAAGUGGUUCAAAUAUUACGCCGCGUUGAUACGAACCGAAGAGCGCUCUGUCUUGCCAACCGUCGGUAAACUACACAAUUGGGUCGACCGUAAGCCGCUCGGUGUAGUCGCGCAAAUUACGCCGUUCAACCACCCAAUGUUGAUUGCUGUCAAGAAGAUCGCACCCGCAUUAGCCGCGGGCAACUCCAUCGUGCUGAAACCAAGUGAGCUGACGCCGCUCACCAGCAUUGAGCUUGGCAAGCUUCUGAAAGAGGCCGGCUUGCCCGACGGCGUUUUUUCAGUGUUGCCAGGCGACGGCAUCACGACCGGAAAGGCUCUUGUGGAGCAUCCGCUCAUCAAGAAAGUCGAUGUUACUGGCGGCACACCAGCAGGACGCGCCAUUGGCGCCAUCGCAGGACGCAACCUGGCACAUUACACCGCCGAGCUUGGUGGUAAGGCUCCCCUCGUCGUGUUCGAAAAAGCGCACGUCGAUCUUGCAGUCAAUGGCAUUGUGUUCGCAAGCUUUAUAGCCAGUGGCCAAACAUGUGUGGCAGCGACGCGUAUCAUCGUGCAGAACAACAUUCUCGAUCAGGUAGUGGAGAAUCUGAAAGCCAAGGUGCAGAGCAUUGAGAGGCGGAUGGGCUCACCGAAGAAUGUGGAGUCUAUGAUGGGUCCCCUCAUAUCGGCGAAACAGCUCAGCAACGUUGAGACACUAGUCAACGACGCAAAGGAUGCAGGUGUGACGGUUGUCACAGGUGGCCAACGAAUGACUCACAAAUCUUCACUGGACGACACCGACUUCUCGAAAGGCUACUUCUAUCCACCAACAAUACUGGCGGAUGGCACUGCGAAGAAGAUUGUCGAUACGCGCAUAUGGAAGGAAGAGGCCUUCGGUCCCGUCAUUGUUGUCGUAGGCUUUGACACGGAAGAAGAGGCCUUGGAGCUUGCGAACGACAGCGAAUUCGGCCUGGGCGCAGCCAUCUGGACGCAAGAUCUUUCGCAAGCUUUCCGCGUGUCAGAGAGCAUCGAGAGUGGGAUAUGCUGGGUUAACACGCAUCAUCGCAACGACCCAAGCUCACCGUGGGGCGGCAUCAAGAGCUCAGGAGUGGGUAGCGAGAACGGUAUAGACGCUUACAAUGCGUAUACAACGUCGAAGAGUACGAUUAUAAACUAUGCGACUGCGGAAGAAGGGCUGGCUAGCGAUGACUGGUUCAGGGAGGGCGCUGGCGAGGUUAGAUAUGGAUGA